GCUCCGCGGAAUUGCAGUCCGUCAAAGGUCGACGAUCCUGUCCACACCGUUGGCGUCUCGACCUCGCUCCCGAUCAAUCGCGAUGCCGAUCCCAAGCCCGACCCCAAUCCCGAUCUCGAGUGAGCGGUCAGGAUCCCUUGAGCACUUGUCGCGACGUGGACGCUCUCGGUAACAUCAGUUUUUUCUCCAAUCCUUUUCCUUUUUUUUUUCUUUUUUUUUUGGGUUUUCUCCAAUUCCAAUCCAGAACCAAAACCGAAUUCCAAAGAAUAAAAAAAUCAAAAUGAAUCAUUAUUAUUAUAAUUUUAAUUACCGUUCAAUGCCAAGUAGUACUCCAUUUGCAGUCCAAUUAAAGCCUUAUCCAAUUCAAAUGAAUCAUCUUAUGAUUACGUGUUCAAUUCAGAGUAACCAAUUAACAAUAAAAUCUUAUCCAAAUGAAAUUAACUCUUAUCCAUACCAGAUUGACACGCACGGAGGUCGAACGAGCACAAACCGAGUUAAGAUCACCGGACAUAGAGAGCGCUCAUCUGCUGACAACGCUGCUGUCGGUACUUUCAUCACAGCAACCAAUAACGACGAGGAGGGGGAGGAGCUUUCCAAAAAUAGAAAGAGAGAAAAGGGCGGGAAAACUGCAGAUAGCGCGCGGCGGAGACGUUUUCAGACGACGACGACGAUCAGACAGGAAUUUCCCGCGGAGCAGCAGCGUUCUUUCCCGCCUUCUCUUUUGUCGUUUUCCUCCGUUUUGCCCCACCGUUACACGGCGACAGAAGAUCGCUCCUGUGCUUGCCUCGCUGGAUCUUUGUCGCCGUUUGCCGCCGUUUGCCGUCGUUUGCCGCCGUUUGGCCCCGUUUGCCGCCGUUUGCCGCCGUGUGCCGCCGUUUUGACGACGUUAACCGCCGUUUCGUCCUCCCGUCAAAGGACAGGUCACCAUUCCUCCUCCACCUCCUCCUCCUCCUGCCGCACACAGCAGCAGCCGCAGAAGCAGCAGCUGGAUGCUGCCACGUGGCAAGUUCCAGUAAUCCGCCUGAGGUGGCAAGAUGACCACCUCUCCCGCGAUUGGGAUCGCGACGGCGGUGGCCACGAUUACGAGAUUCUCGGAUCCCGUCCCGCACUCGAGAAUGGUCGGGGGUAUCUGAGAACUGCAGGUGGUGCCGCGGCGAUCCGUGUAUGGAGGAAAAGAGCUGAUGUGCUGACGACCGACCAGCGUGAUGACACGUGUCAGAAAGACGAUGACGCGGGGCGACAGCGUGGCUUUGGCGGUAUUAAUGACGAAAUUCAGUAUGUCGACGGCGUGGGCAUCGAAGAAGAAAAAUGUGUAACACGUGCAGCAGGGGCGGCGGGUGUUGUGAAAGGCAGACACGUGGUGGGAGGAGGACAGGAAAAAGCGCAGCACACGUGGCUGUCAUCUAGACAGCGCUCACCUAGACGCGUGUCCGGACCAAAGCGGGGGCGGUCGUUUAUGACAUCAGGACACGUGGCAUCGUCAAGAAGACAGGCUCGCGUAGUUUCAACGGAUUGGUCGGGAUCGGGACGCGUGUCGGUGCCAGGACACGUGUCAACCUCAACGACGCACGUGCAUUCAUUAUUAGGGGUAGGGGAUCUGGCAGCGGCGCCGCAGAGAGAGACAGGACACGUGUCUCUCUCGUCCUCGUGGAAGGAGAGGAGUGGCAGUCGGGACCUGAUGAUGAUCGGGACAAGGAUGCGACAGGACGGUCGGGGCCGGGAUGAGGAGGAGCAGGAGGGGAGAGGGGGCGGUCGAGGAUCCGAGACGGUCGUGGACGCUUACGACGGGCCUUCGGUCUCGAUCAGACCGAAGGCCGCGAUCGCGAUGGAGAUGCGAAACGAUGAUGAGGUGGAGGAACCAGGGCCGCUGGACACGAAGAUUGCGAUGACGACAACAAAAACGACAACGACAACGGGAUUGUUCGUUGUGUGCAAGGACGACGCAAAGCAACAGGGGGGCCCUGCUGUUGAUUGCCACGUGGAAGAGAUGGAGAUGGAUUGGCAGAUGGGCGACAGGGACAGGGUUGCUGCGUCGACAGGGGCCGCUGCUUUGCUGGCAGUCCCGACGUCAUCAUCAUGGCCACGUGGCCAUCAUGCGUGCUUUGCUCCGGAGAGUGGAUAUGAUGACAAUCGAGGAGCGGCCGUCGAUGAUGAUAAAGAUGAUGAUGAUGAUGAUGAUGAGGAGGAGGAGGAGGAGGAAAAUGACGACGACAUGGUGAGGAUGAUGGAGGAGAUGAGAAGCUCUGGCUAUGGCGGCGGCGAAUGUCGCGCUGAGCGCGAUGACGUGGACAACGGACGGGCCAGCGUGGCCACGACGACAUCGCCGUCUUCUAAUGGAGUGCCACGUGGCGAGAGGAGAAGAGAGGAAAUGGAACAAGAAGAGGAGGGAGGGGAGAAGGAAAGAAGAAGGGGAGAGAGAGAGGGAGGGAGGGAGGGAGAGGGAGAGAGAGAAGGCUCUGUGCGAGAGAUUGGCACUGCUCUGGAAACUCGACCGGGGACGUCGUCCUGGGGGGAACAACCCCCUGUUCUCCUAUUUGAUGUGAUGGAUACGUUGGUCCGGGAUCCUUACUACGAAGAUAUGCCAAGAUUCUUCGGGAUGCCUAUGCAACAGCUUCAGGAGGCGAAGCACCCAACAGCAUGGAUCGAGUUUGAAAAAGGUUUGAUCACAGAGGAGGAGCUCUUCAGAAAGUUCUUUAAAGAUGGACGGCCGGUUGAUGUGCAAGGUCUCAAGCGCUGUGUAUAUCAGGGCUAUGAGUGGCUGGAUGGAUGUGAGGGGAUUCUACAGAGGCUCAAGGGCUUGGGUUAUUGCAUGCACGCUCUCUCCAAUUAUCCCAUCUGGUAUCAGAUGAUCGAUGAGAAGUUGCAGCUGUCACGAUAUCUCGAAUGGACGUUUGUCUCAUGUCGAACUGGUGUGCUGAAACCAGAUGCAAAGGCCUAUCACGACGCGGCAGUCACGCUCGGGCUAUUGCCAUCUCAAUGCAUCUUCGUAGAUGACAGGAGGAAAAAUGUGGAAGCUGCUAUCCAAGUUGGAAUGGCUGGCAUCCUUUUCAGAUCUUCUGUACAGCUUGAAGAAGACUUGUGCAGAUUGGGAGUGUCCAUUUCUCAAUAAUUCAGUUCAAAUCUCCAGAUUUCAAUCGCCCAUCCCCCGAUACGUGGGGGUAUUUUUUCAACCGCUAGAACAGCGACACCUUUCUUUUUCUUUUUUUCACUUCAGAUGGCAUUGCAACUUCAGAACUUUCAAUGACAUUGCGCCAUUCUGUUUUCGAAUGUGCGCAAUGUGUCCAACCUUCCCAGUACCUUCAACCCUGAUGUCCCACCGCUCAAUGAUUUUGCCCGCCUCUGGCCCUCCGGAUUGUGGGAGGGUUUGGCCCAGACGGUGGCAGUGCUAUGCAUCACUUUUUUCUUCUUCUUUUCUUUUGCAUCCCAUUUGCACUGCGAGUGUCUUUUGAGAGGCAAAAAGGGUCGUUAAAAAGCGAGCAAAAACAAAAUCCCUAUUUUCUU